UUUUUUUUUUUUUUUUGGAUUGAAAUUAGAAGGGGGUGGGGAAAGGAAGAAGAAACAUAGGAACUGAAAAGAGAAGGAGAGGAAGUUAAAGCUCACUUUCCUCCCUGGCUUUCUCUGGAAACCAAAUAUGGCAUCUUCCAUGAGAAGCUUGUAUACUGACCACAGCAGAUAUGUGGAAUCUUUCCGGAGAUUUCUCAGCCAUUCCACGGAACACCAGUGCAUGCAGGAAUUCAUGGACAAGAAGCUGCCAGACAUAAUAGCAAGAAUUGGAGACUCAAAAUCGGAAAUUAAGAUUCUGAGCAUAGGAGGAGGUGCAGGUGAAAUCGAUCUUCAGAUUAUCUCCAAAGUCCAAGCUCAAUUUCCAGGAGUUCACAUCAGAAACGAAGUAGUUGAACCAAGUGCUGAGCAAAUCACCAAGUACAAAGAGCUUGUAGUCAAGACAUCAAGCCUGGAGAACAUAAAGUUUGCUUGGCAUAAGGAGACAGCAUCUGAAUAUCAACAUAGAGUGAUGGAGGAAAAGGGGCUUCAAAAAUGGGAUUUUAUUCAUAUGAUACAGAUGAUAUAUUAUGUAAAAGACAUCUCAGCUACCUUGAAAUUCUUCCAUGGUCUCUUAGCUACAAAUGCUAAGAUUCUCAUUAUUGUUGUGUCAGGAACCAGUGCCUGGAACAAGCUGUUCACAAAAUACGGACCUCGCUUACCCCAGAAUGACCUCUGCCAGUAUGUCACAUCAUUUCAGAUCACUCAGAUGCUCGACGACUUGGGGAUUAAGUAUGAGAGCUACGAUCUUCUGUCCACCUUGGAUAUAUCUGACUGUUUCAUUGAUGGCAAUGAAAAUGGAGAGCUGCUUUGGGAUUUUUUGACAGAAACCUGCAACUUUAACAAAACAGCACCACCUGAUCUUAAGGCAGAAAUUAUGAAAGAUCUACAAGAGCCUGAAUACAGUGUUAAAAAAGAGGGGAAGGUUCUUUUUAACAAUAAUCUGAGUUUCAUAGUGAUGGAGGCAUAACUGAAGAGUAGGUUAAAAACUAUGUUUGAAAAAUAAUAAUCACUCAUUUACUUCAACAUUAAAAUUAUCAAGUAAAUAUCUUAAAGGAGAUAGAGCAUCAUCUCAAAUAUGUUUAGAAUAUUCCAAGGCAUUCCUGGUCUUCCAUGUAGAUUUAUGUGAGAUAUUGCAGGAUGUAGCCUAUUCUUCCUCUAGAUAAAGAACAUAUGUUGGCUAAACAGCACCUAUGUAGAGAAAAUUGGGUUUCAAUGGUUCAUUGAAAGUAAAAUCCAUUCAUUUUACUGGUUGUAUACAAAUUUAUUAGAAUACUAAUGAACUGUAUGUUAUAGAUUCUUUGAAUACUUCUGAAAUAGACGUAUUUGUCAUUACUUGGCAUAUUAAAUAUUUUUAUGGAUAAAAACUAUGGAAAA